AUGGACAAACAAAGCUCUAGGAAGCCGAAACAGAGCGAUGUUCGAAAGCGGUCAAUUGCGCCACCGGUCAAGUUGGCCUGCCUCGCUUGUGAAGUAGACGCUCGCGAACACGCUGCGACGGCAAAGAAAUAUUGCCGGAGAAAGGGCCAAAAAUGUGCAUAUAUGCCCAGCAGACGCGGAGGUGCUCGAACGGGCAGCCGUUUCGCGCAGGAUGGCAUACAGAAGAACGGUCAGAAUAAACAGACUGAACCGUUUCCAAUCGAACAAUACAUUGAACCAGGAGCCGGGCUUCGCAACCUGGAAGAUAUUUGUCGGGAUAGCGACUUUAUCUUUGAUAGCAUCUUUCAGCAUGAUGAAGAUGCUCUUGUGUCCGAUUCUCAACCAUGUCGACCGGUGUCACCGGUGGUGCGGUCAUACCAGAGCAACCGUGACAUACUAGACGCAUACUAUAUCUACAUUCAUCCAUAUUUUCCAAUACUGCCUCCUCCAACGUCAGCACCAACUGACCGUCCCAUUGCCGUUUCCGAAGAUGAACAGAAUUUGAACGAUGCCGAUUACGAGCCUUCUUCGUCUCUCAGCCUCGGCAUUUUGACCAUAUUAUCGUUAAUUCCUCAUCCAGAUGACCCGAAUCCCUGUAGUGAGGACGCCGUUCUAUUCCGCAGAAAGUAUGCUGAGAGUUUGGCUCAGGCAGCCUUGGAAAGCGUCAACAUUGAAACUGAAGUGCCAGCCUCCUCGACGUCGCCUGCGCAGGUCCUUUCUGAAGGCUCAGAUGCGUACCUGUGUAUGCCUUUUCACCCGCAUGUUCCUGUCGAGCUGGAGAGCAUAAUCGCCCUCUCUAUCUUGAGCGUAUAUGAAUACGCACAACGAGGGAACAUCAAAAGAAUGCGUCAACGAGCGGGACAGGCCAUCAUGGCAGCUAUGGAUUUGUCUCUCCAUCGUGAACCAGAAACCGAGAAAGCCGACGAAUUCACGGAAGCAAGGCGCCGGGCUUGGUGGGUGACAGAACCAGCAAUAUCUAUGGACGACCCGAGAUUUACUACUCAAUAUCCUACUAUUCGCGCGGACUCGAAUGCAUGGUCCUUCUUUAUCGAUACCCAACGAGCGAUCGUUUCCGCAACAAUGGCUGUGGUCGAACUAAAUAAAGCUCUGAAAGCUGGAACUAGCGUGCAGUCUAAGUUGGAGCGCAACCUCGAGCUUGAUAAUGAGAUAAAGUUGCUAGCUUCCAAAGCCGACGCUUAUCUGCCGCCAUAUCCUGUAUCGAGCCUACUCGACCAGGGGGAGUCUGUAGUUGCGGAUAGUUUGAUAUUGAUAGGACGCAUCAAGGUGAACAGGUUAGUCACCACACGUUUCGUUCUUGAGGGAGAGGAAAUUUUCAUGACACCACCGUUCAGCGCGAGGAUCAAACUCCAUCGAUACAGUGCUUUCUUCGACCUCCCACUCUUCCCUCAGAAACACUGCGACCUGAUGCCAUCGCCUAGACAUGGGGAGGAUCCAGGACCAAAGAAAUCUCCGACGUGCUCAUGCCCCACAUCUACCGCCUCCACUCCACCUGUUGGUUCGUCCUGGGACGAUGUGCACUUGCCAAAUACGUCGUCACUGUCAUCGAGUGCCAGCUCAGGCGCCAAGGAUCUUCUCGGUCUUGGCAACCAGUUGUCGGUUAAGAUUUGUCUCAAAUCCGCGUUGAAUAUUGCUCAGUGCUUUGAACGACUCCCGUAUCCCAACCCUUUUGGCUCAUUUGAUGCAUCUAUCUCUCCAGCAUCCCGAACCUCGGCAUGGAAGAUGAUUCUGCCUCGCACCAUGCCAUCCUUUGCAUGCUGUGCAAUGCAAAGUAGCUACUCAAUGUUGAUGGUCCGUCACAAAGUGGAAAUUAUGCACCCGAAUAAUACUAUGGCCAAUCCUAUGGUCGAACAAUUGUACAACCAACUGCAAGAGGGUCUACAAUCUGUCGUUGGAGCUCUCGAGAACUAUUCCAUCGCGUUCGAAGCGCUUGCGGGUAUGAGAGGUAUGUAA